AAACGAAAAUAAUUAAAUAAGAUCUUAAAAAUAUUUGGGGAGAUUACAAUGCAUCAUAUGUCCAAGAAAGUUGAGGAAGGUAAGACAAAAUCCUGAAUAAAUAUGGCAAUUCAUUAGUCCAACCAUCUCUAACCAUGAGUCAACAUUGUGUAACCUGAAGGAGUUGGUUAGUAUGUCACUUCUAUUGACCCACUGCUUGAUGAACUUUCCCCAAGCUGAGGACUUCAAUCUGACAAUCCUGACACAACCAACUUACGUCUGCCACGCUAGUCGACGCCGGACGGCUCAGCAAGGACCUGCAGGAAGCGGUAGCCAGUCGUCCGAGGAUAGGCUUAUGUCAGUGCGCUGUCCGAAGUGGAGCAACCCCUGUCCACUUUACAUAAUAGUUGUUGUCUCCUCGGCAACUUUCUAG